AUGGCCAGUGUCAUCCUGGAGAGCAUCUUCCUGAAGCGCUCGCAGCAGAAGAAGAAAACAUCUCCCCUCAACUUCAAGAAGCGCCUGUUCCUGCUGACAGAGAGCAAGCUGUCCUACUACGAGUAUGACUUUGAGCGGGGGCGCCGGGGCAGCAAGAAGGGCUCUGUGGACAUUGAGAAGAUCACCUGUGUGGAGACAGUGGCACCUGAAAACAACCCUCCCCCUGAGCGACAGGUCCCGAGGAAAGGGGAGGAUUACAACAACAUGGAGCAGAUCUCAAUCAUCGAACGGUUCCCCUACCCCUUCCAGGUGGUCUAUGACGAGGGGCCCCUGUACAUCUUCUCCCCGACGGAGGAGCUGCGCAAGCGCUGGAUCCAUCAGCUGAAGAGCGUGAUUCGGUACAACAGCGACCUGGUGCAGAAGUACCACCCCUGCUUCUGGAUCGAUGGGCAGUACCUGUGCUGCUCCCAGACAGCCAAGAACGCCAUGGGCUGCCAGAUUCUGGAGAGCAGGAAUGGCAGUUUAAAAGUCGGGCGGUCGCAUCGCAAGACAAAGAAGCCCCUUCCCCCAACUCCUGAGGAGGACCAGAUGGUGAUGAAGCCUCUGCCUCCCGAGCCAGCCCCCAGCACAGCAGGGGAGAGGAAGAAGGUGGUGGCCCUCUACAACUACGAGCCAAUGAACGCCCAGGACCUGCAGCUGCACAAGGGCGAGGAGUACUUCAUCCUGGAGGAGAGCCACCUGCCCUGGUGGAAAGCCCUUGACAAGAACGGGAGGGAAGGAUACAUCCCCAGCAACUACGUCACUGAAACCAGAAAUUCCCUGGAGAUCUUUGAGUGGUACUCAAAGAAUAUCACUCGGAGCCAAGCAGAGCAACUGCUGAAACAGGAGGGUAAGGAAGGAGGCUUCAUUGUCCGAGAUUCCACCAGCAAGACAGGGAAAUACACUGUCUCCGUCUAUGCCAAGUCCUCUGCAGACCCCCAAGGCACAAUCCGCCACUACGUUGUCUGCUGCACCCCCCAGAAUCAGUAUUACCUGGCAGAGAAACACCUCUUCAACAGCAUCCCAGAGCUCAUCACCUACCACCAGCACAACUCUGCAGGGCUCAUAUCCAGACUGAAGUACCCCGUGUCUCAGCACAAGAAAAAUGCUCCUUCCACAGCUGGCCUUGGCUAUGGCUCGUGGGAGAUUGACCCCAAGGAUCUGACCUUCCUGAAGGAACUGGGGACGGGGCAGUUUGGAGUGGUGAAAUAUGGGAAAUGGAGAGGCCAGUACAACGUUGCCAUCAAGAUGAUCAGGGAGGGCUCCAUGUCAGAGGAUGAGUUCAUUGAUGAAGCCAAAGUCAUGAUGAACCUGUCUCACGAGAAGCUGGUGCAGCUCUACGGGGUCUGCACUAAGCAACGUCCCAUCUUCAUCAUCACCGAGUACAUGGCCAAUGGCUGCCUCCUGAACUUCCUGAGGGAAACACGGCAGCGCUUCCAGCCCGCCCAGCUGCUGGAGAUGUGCAAGGAUGUCUGUGAAGCUAUGGAGUACCUGGAAUCCAAGCAGUUCCUGCACAGAGACCUGGCUGCUCGAAACUGUCUGGUGAAUGACCAAGGAAUUGUGAAAGUGUCGGAUUUUGGUCUUUCCAGGUAUGUGCUGGAUGAUGAGUACACGAGCUCCAUGGGGUCCAAGUUCCCAGUGCGGUGGUCUCCUCCUGAAGUGCUGCUGUACAGCAAGUUCAGCAGCAAGUCUGACGUCUGGUCCUUUGGCGUCCUGAUGUGGGAAGUUUACUCGCUGGGAAAGAUGCCUUACGAGAGGUUUAACAACAGCGAGACAACCGAGCACGUCAUCCAAGGCCUGCGCCUGUACCGGCCGCAGGCGGCCUCGGAGCGGGUCUACGCCAUCAUGUACAGCUGCUGGCACGAGAAGCCUGAGGAGCGCCCCACCUUCACCGUGCUGCUGAGCAGCAUCCUGGACAUGGCUGACGAGGAGUGCUGACCGUGGGCACUGCCCCUGACCCUGCCCAGCGCUGCCACUGCCCCGCGGGACAGCCCUGCACACCGGCUGGCACAGUCCUCAUGGACACGGGCAUGCAGGAGCCUGGGGGAGCCCCAUGGCUGCGCCCACAGCUCCAUCACAUGCUCAGAGCUUCAGCACAUCCCUGGAGCUCCAUCCCAUGCUCAGAGCUCCAUCACCGUCCCAGAACUCCAUCAGCACCUUGGAGCUCCAUCACAUGCUCAGAGCUCCAUCACGUACUUAGAACUCCAUCACAUCCCCAGAACUCCAUCAGUGCCUUGGAGCUCCAUCCCAUGCUCAGAGCUUCAGCACAUCCCUGGAGCUCCAUCAUGUGCUCAGAGCUCCAUCACCACUCCAGAACUCCAUCACAUCCCCAGAACUCCAUCAGUGCCUUAGAGCUCCAUCAGCGCCUUGGAGCUCCAUCGCAUCCCUGGAGCUCCAUCACCGCCCUGGAGCUCCAGCACAUGCUCAGAGCUCCAUCACGUCCCUGGAGUUUCAUCACAUCCCUGGAGCUC